UCUAGCGCGGCAACCUGUCGUUCGAGAAGUUACACUGCAACGAGGCCGAUCCUCCAGGUUCGAUCACUGCGAACGCUGCGACGAGCUUCGCGACGCUUCGGAUUCGUAAAACGUUAUGUUUACAGUCCCAAAACGCAAAGUACCACGCUCUGAGAAUGCCGUUUGCCAUUUGAGCUUUAUGUAACUACGCAUGGUCAAGUGCGAUUGAUUAUUGGUCGGUUAUGUGAAAAGUAUACGUGACCUCGCAUAUACUAUUGUUCGUCCGGGCGAGCUUCAGCUGUCGCAACAUUGUUCAACGAUCCCGUGUCGUGCGUCGCGUGUCUAAUUGUUGGUUGCGAUCUCCCAAUUGAUUUGUCAUUGAUUUGCACGAUGUUGGAGGACGUGAAACACGUAUUGUUGGUCCUUUCGGGGAAAGGCGGUGUCGGCAAAUCGACGAUCAGCACUCAGCUGGCCCUCGCAUUGAAGGAAUCCGGCUUUCGAGUAGGGAUCCUGGAUGUUGAUCUUUGUGGGCCUAGUGUUCCUUACUUGCUGAACUUGGAAGAAAAGGAUGUUCACCAGUCUUCUGAAGGAUGGGUACCGGUAUUCGCUGAUGCGGAGGAGAAACUGGCUGUCAUGUCGAUUGGUUUCCUCUUGAAGAGUCAGAAUGACAGUAUAGUCUGGCGUGGGCCUAAGAAGACUGGUAUGAUCAAACAGUUUCUGAUGGAUGUGGUAUGGCGGGAUAUCGAUUACUUGAUCAUCGACACACCACCUGGGACCUCCGACGAGCACAUUACAGUCAUGGAGAACCUAAAAAACACAAAGUGCGACGGUGCGAUUAUAGUGACCACUCCGCAAGCGGUUGCGGUGGACGACGUGCUGCGAGAAGUGACGUUCUGCAGGAAAACCGGGAUCAACAUAAUCGGUAUCAUCGAAAACAUGAGUGGCUUCGUCUGUCCGUCGUGUACAGAGUGUACCAACAUAUUCUCCUCGGGCGGCGGCAUAGCCCUCUCGGACAUGGUGAAGGUCCCGUUUCUGGCGAAAGUGCCUAUAGAUCCGCAGAUCGACAAGCUGGCGGAUAAAGGACAAAGCGUGCUGGUAACGUUACCCGAUAGUCAAGUCGCGCAGGUGUUCAGGAAGUUGGUCGAAGAGCUCACCAAGAGCAAGGAAGCUUAAGAACACGGCGUUUGCUGCUGUUUCGCAGUUGAGUGUGCACGGUGUAUUAUUAUUCGUCUCUCGUGUGUGGUGUCACCGCUAGUUUUCGAGCGUAUUUACCGAUAACUGUAUAUACUAGGGAACACCUGCUUUUAUACUACAGCGUACAAUUGUAAAGAAGAAGAAAGAAUAAACGAUAUAUUUACGUGUGAA